CCUCGUCCUCGUCCUCCUCCUCGUCCUCGUCCUCCUCCUCCUCCUCCUCCUCGACCCCGUCCCGUGCGGGGGAGCGGCGUCCCCGCAGCCUCGCUGCCCCGUCCCGUCCGCUCCCGCGGCUCAUGAGGUGAAGAUGGUGAUCCGCGUCUUCGUCGCCUCCUCCUCGGGCUCGGUGGCGAUAAAGAAGAGGCAACAAGAUGUGGUGAGGUUUCUGGAAGCCAAUCGCAUAGAGUUUGAAGAAGUGGAUAUCACAAUGUCAGAGGAGAAAAGACAAUGGAUGUAUAAAAAUAUUCCUGAGGAUAGGCAGCCUGCACAAGGCAAUCCACUGCCACCACAGAUAUUCAGUGAUGAUCGGUACUGUGGAGAUUAUGAUGGCUUUUUUGAAUCAAAGGAGAGCAACACUGUCUUCUCCUUUCUUGGAUUGAAACCUACUUUGGCCUCAAAGGAGUCAGAACCCUAGAAAGCCUAUCUGAAGUAUGGACAAGCACAUCUCCUGGAUGAAUGACCCUGUUCUUCAGCACACAACAGCUUCCCUAAUGGAUCACUGUGAUAGAGCAAACAUGCAUCAUUAGUAGUAGUCUGCUUGCCAUGAGAUGGUGCUCCUCAAUAAUGUGGAGUUAAUAACACGUAUAUGAACCAGGAUUAAGGCCAGGCUACUCAUCUUCCUUUUAAAAAUACUCAUUGUUGAUGUUUCACUUUUGUCUUUGGAUUGCUUUCGCAACUGGCACUGAUACCCUAACAGACACGUAUGUCUGAGAAUAAGGAGUGGAGGUGUAGAGCUUCUAUCAUUCAUGGAUAUACUUAUGUAGUCAGAUUCCUUAUCUUUUUAAUUCUUUCAACUACUGUAGUUGAAGUUAGCUCAUCAUGAUAGUUAAAGUGCUGGUGGUUAUUAGAAUGUUUGUGCUGGCUAUGAUCCAGAAGGUAAAAAUUGUCAGUCUUAAGAUCUCAGUCUAAGCUGAUAACUGCCGUAUUUUUGCUCUACAUGUAUUUAUUGUGAUGUUUAUGCUAGAUCAUGUUUAUUGUAAGAGACAUGGGCUGCUAACCUUGUUCGUGAAAACCUGAUUUGUCUAAUGAUGCACAUUGCAGCUGACUGUUUAAAAACAGUUGUUAUCAUGGAGGAGGUGCCAAAAUAAAAUAUUUUGGCAUGGUUCCUGUUCCAAAUGCAGGUGAAAUGUGCAGGAAAACACUUGAUGGAAAAUACUGGGUAGUUCAGAAGAAGAGGUCUCAUAGCUAAUGAUAAUAUUAAGUUAUCUCUUAACUGAGAAAGACUCAACACCCAAAGUUGGAGCUCUAUAGUUGGACUGUCUUAAAAUGAAUUUUUGCCAAAACCUUGAGUUUAACUUCAAUAACACCCACCUUCAAGCUCCACCAUUAGCCACUUGAGAGUCAGGGGGAUACGUUGAGAGCCAGGGCUCAGUCACAUGGAUGGUUAAACACUCUGCCAUGGUCCAAGCACACACCUAACUCUCCCAGCUGUUGUCCUGGUUAUAUCCCCCGGUGUGGAAAUGUGGAGGUGCCUCAAGGACAGUGAGAAAGCUGAGUGUGUGCUUUGCUGGAUGAGGCCACAAGGGUCAGCUCAGCUGAGGAACAGGAGCCAAGUAAAGGAACUGGAGAUUGUUCCAGUGGGACUGCAUUGAUGCACAUAGCAGAACUUAGGCCCGUGACUUGCCAAUAACCAUGACAAAAUGCAUUCUAGGCAGAAGUCAAAUUGCAUUAUGCAUUUUGAAUCAAGUCUGGCUAGGAAAAUAACAGCUAUGCUGUAAUGUAGCUUUUACUCAAGUGAUUUCAUAAUGACAGGGUAGUGCCAUUCCAAGAAAUGUCCUUAUGUCUUUGGGUAAAUGAAAGACAACCGUUAUGUGGGUAAGUUUCUUUGCAAUCACAGCAUCACUCAGACUGUGUGGCUUGAAGGAAGCCAAACUUGUAGAAAGUGUCAGAAAGCAACACUGCAACAAAUCACAUGUUCUGUUAAAAUCAGUAUCCGAGACACGUUAGUUGGAAUGGACAACUGGAGGUCAUCUGGUCCAGCACUGUCAAAAUCAGGGCUAACGGCAACACUAGCUUGGAUCAGAUAUGGGUUUGUCUAGCAGAGUGUUAAAAAUAUCCAAAGAUGAAGAUCUUAUAACCCUCUAGGUAACCUGUGCCAGUCCUGCAGUACUCUCCUAGUGAAAACUUUUAAUGUCCAGCCUCAACUCCUAGGCUGUAAUUUGUGGCUGCUGCCUUUGCUAUGUUUUCUGGUGCUGACAGGAAGAGAUUGGCACCAUCCUUUUUGUAACUGCCCUCAAGAUAGUUGUAGGCUACCAUUAGAUCACCUCUUAGCCACCUUCUUACCAGACUCUUCACAGGCUGUGUGCUUUAGGCCCCUGGCUGCUUUGCUUUGGUGGAGGGCAACUCUUCCCAGUUUGUUCACAUUCGUCUUGAACUGGGAGAAGGUCCCAAAACAAUAUUUUGGAUGUGGCCUCACUGGUGCUGAGUAGAGGAGAUAAGAACUUUACUCCGCCUGCAGGCCACACUUUUCCUGAAGUAGGGCAUUGCAUGCUUUCCCCUAUUUACAGUGAGUACGUUGCAGGCUUAUGAUCAACCUGGCAUUCACUAAAAUCCCCAGGUCCCUUCAGCAGGGGUAUUACUCUUGUCAGUCAGUUCCCAGCCCACACGGAUGCUUUGCCACCCCCAAGGACAGAACUUAUCCUUAUCACACUUCAUGAGGUUUCUGUUAGCCCAGUUCUCAAGGUUAUUGAGAUGCCACUGGACUGAAGCUCUGCCAGCUGUUACCAACCACUGAAGCAGGUUCAGGUGUCGUUCACAGAUUUGCUGAGGGUGCACAUGAGGUCAUCAUUCAAGUCCCCCCUGAAGAUGCUGAACAAUAGGGGAACUGUAGCCUCUCAGAUUUUGGACAAUGGCUUACAACUACAGAGGUAUGACAUGAACAAUAUUCAUGACUACCAGUUGCUGGAGUAAAGAACAGGUAACCUUCCUGUUCAUGUUGUUUCAGCUACAAACUGCUUACAGCUGUGUGGCUUUUCCCUCUAGUACAAAGGCAAGAAAGCUUUAGAAAAGGAGAUGUUAAAGGACUCCAUCCAUAAAUCAGUUUCUCUUUGGAUCCUCUGGUGCCUCCUCAGCUCAAGUUAAAGGGCUAGAUGGAGCAAGAGCACACACAGAUUUCAAGUCUAUGGUUGUAUUUAGUCAUCGAAAUCUUAGCUACAGCACCUUCUCUAGAGGAAUCCUGAAUGGGAGUUGAUAACAUGCAUGUACAUAUAUGUAUGUGCAUUUUUAAAAAUUAUGCGGUCUGUGGUAAGUUAUUGUGACAUUCUUGUCUCCAAUCCCGUAUUUCCAUGAGACUUGAACCUCACUAUAGGAAGGGAAUGUGACAUAAGGUGGAGCUGUACAUUGUUAACUUCACCAAGUUCAAUAUAACUAUUCCUAAAAAAAAUUAAACAAAAAUAUUUAACUUUGCAAAUGAAUACAGAUAUAAAUUUACAUAAUUACACAGUCGAUGAUUACAGAGAAGCCAUCCUGGAUUUAUCAUGUACUUGAUAUGUUGUAAACUUUGAGAACUGCCUGAAGUUCCAGUUCCAAAAAACUUACCUAAGUGUGUAAGUUUAUACACAUGAGUAAUCCUGGGCGAAAUCGCAAGCUUACUGAUGUGAAAGGCAAAACCACACUGAUUUCUCCAGGGAUGAAAUUAGUUUCACAAAACUCCUCUUGAAUUUUGAUAAUUGUAGAAUAGAAGUCUCCCGUUCAGUGGAGAGCUAGUCCUGUUAGAGCUGUUAGGUAAACCUAGCUUAUUUCAGAGCACACAUGUGGGCAUAAUCAGUUGUAUGGAGGACAACACUAGCUCCAAAGAUAUCCUGCUUGCUUGCAUGGAUUGGCACUGUAAGUCCCUUAGAAUACGUGCUUUUGAAUUAUAACUGGCUAGUUAAAAAAAAAAAAAGUAUAUAUUUUGCUUGAAUGUGAAUUUGGUCUGUUGUCGACAGCCUUAUUUUUGUAAUGAAAGCAAGUAGAGUUCUAGUUUGUUACACAAGAUGAUCUGGAAUUUUUUAAACCAGUUUUGUAAUAAUGAAAUGUAACUAUCAGGUAACUGAAAAGGUCUGUGGAAGAUAGAGCCAUUUAUUGAAAGAAAUAACAAAUUCUUAAUUCUGUUUAAAAUGCUUGCAUAUAAAGGUAUGCUUGAGAACCAAAUGAUCCCAAUUUUUAGCUAAUACUUGUAACUACCCCACUUUUUAAAAGGGAGAGCAGUGUGAAUUAAACUGUAAAUCUUUGUACCUAGCUAAAGUUGCUGUGUGGGCUGACGUGCACAUGCACAUUCACUGUAUCAGUGGCUUUGAUAGAGGUGGUUUUGUUUGUGCCACACACUACUGGAUAGUGCCUUGCCAGAAAGAGGUCUGUUUCUGUAGGGUCUUCCUAGAGGCACUUAAACUUUGAACUGAGAAAGGGGUAGUUUCUAUACUCCUAUUUUUUUAAUAAUGCAGUAAAUGGAUUUUGAGGCCUGAGUCAAAAGACACAUGGUUUGUAAGGGUGAAACAGUUUUUGAUGAGUCUUUUGAACUCUUGAUUUUUCUUAGUGUGGCUUUCUCUUUUUUUUCUUUUUCUUUCUGUUGACUGUCUAGAAUCAAAUCUUCCAAGGGAAGUAGACCUGGAGUAAAGCCCCUAAAUCCAUGUUUGCACUUUAAAAUAACUAUCUGAUUCAAGUGUUGAGCAGCCCGAGUGCUAUCGCUGAAAUGAAGAGGAGCUACCAAGCUCUCAGUGGAUUUCUUGGUUGUCCCUCCCUGCCCUGUCCCCCCAUCAGGCCAUUUAUUUAGGGAGUCCAGUUCUGGGAAUACCACGAUUCAGAAGCAGGACCCUGAGAUUUUAGGCAGUGCCUUGUGGCACCACAGAGGAGUGGAAGAGUGGGGUCACCACCAGGAAAGUGCCAAAUCCCCUUAGUCUUCAGUGACUUGUCCACUGAUUUCACUAGAUCUUGGCGCGAGCGGUGGGAGGAGGAGGGAUCCCCGCGUAUUCGCCCGGCACAGAGAGCGGGAGUGGAAGACUCGGUGCAGAACGGCCCACGGCUUGCUGGCGGCAGCAAGUUCUCACAGGAGCCCUUGGCCGGCCGUGCCGUGUGUGAAACCACACAGCACCGCUCUCCACGGGACUCCAGCUGCGUCAUGGCCUGUCCUUCACUCUCUUGCUCCCUAAGGAAUUUGGGAGGGGAAACGGAGAACAGCUUCUUGAGAGCAGUCCUUCAGCCAGGGCAGAUCCGGCUUACUCCCUUCAUCCUAUUUAUCCCUUCCUCAUGUGCUUCGUCCUGUCCUGCGUAGACCUACCUGCGUGCAAAGCUUCCACUCCCGGCCAUUUGUGACAUCCCUGUGAGGUCGCAAGCGCAGAGCUGGUGUUCACCAUCACGGCAUCAGUGUCUCGUAACUCGGUGGGGGACGGAGCACGUUGCAUCCUAGGCCGUGUACACGUUAUGUAUUAAAACCGUGUUCGUCUAAUAAAAAAUGUAAUUCAAAAAAGA